AUGGGUGCAGUGCUUUAUGAGACGGGUGCACCGCUUUAUGAGACGGGUGCAGUGCUUUAUGAGACGGGUGCACCGCUUUAUGAGACGGGUGCACUGCUUUAUGAGACGGGUGCACUGCUUUAUGAGACGGGUGUAGUGCUUUUUGAGACGGGUGCAGUGCUUUAUGAGACGGAUGCAUUGCUUUAUGAGACGGGUGCACUUCUUUAUGAGGCUGGUGCAGUGCUUUAUGAGACGGGUGCACCGCUUUAUGAGACGGGUGCAGUGCUUUAUGAGACGGGUGCACUGCUUUAUGAGACGGGUGCACUGCUUUAUGAGACGGGUGCACUUCUUUUUGAGACGGGUGCAGUGCUUUAUGAGACGGAUGCAUUGCUUUAUGAGACGGGUGCACUUCUUUAUGAGGCUGGUGCAGAGCUUUAUGAGACGGGUGCACUGCUUUAUGAGACAGGUGCAGUGCUUUUUGAGACGGGUGCAGUGCUUUAUGAGACGGAUGCAUUGCUUUAUGAGACGGGUGCACUUCUUUAUGAGGCUGGUGCAGUGCUUUAUGAGACGGGUGCACCGCUUUAUGAGACGGGUGCAGUUCUUUAUAAGACGGGUGCACUGCUUUAUGAGACGGGUGCACUGCUUUAUGACACGGGUGCACUUCUGUUUGAGACAGGUGCAGUGCUUUAUGAGACGGGUGUAGUGCUUUUUAAGACGGAUGCACUGAUUUAUGAGACGGUUGCACUGCUUUAUGAGACGGGUGCAGUGUUUUAUGAGACGGGCGCACUGCUUUAUGAGACGGGUGUAGUGCUUUAUGAGACGGGUGCACUGAUUUAUGAGUCGGGUGCACUGCUUUAUGAGACGGGUGCAUUGCUUUAUGAGACGUGUGCACUGCUUUAUGAGACGGGUGCACUGCUUUAUGAGACGGGUGCACUGCUUUAUGAGACGGGUGCACUGCUAUAUGAGACGGGUGCACCGCUUUAUGACACGGGUGCACUGCUUUAUGAGACGGGUGCACUGCUUUAUGACACGGGUGCACUGCUUUAUGAGACGGGUGCACUGCUUUAUGACACUGGUGCACUGCUUUAUGAGACGGGUGCACUGCUUUAUGAGACGGGUGCACUGCUUUAUGAGAUGGGUGCACUGCUUUAUGAGACGGGUGCACUGCUUUAUGACACGGGUGCACUGCUUUAUGAGACGGGUGCACUGCUUUAUGAGACGGGUGCAGUGCUUUAUGAGACGGGUGCACUGCUUUAUGACACGGGUGCACUGCUUUAUGACACGGGUGCACUGCUUUAUGACACGGGUGCACUGCUUUAUGACACGGGUGCACUGAUUUAUGAGACGGGUGCACUGCUUUAUGAGACGGGUGCAGUGCUUUAUGAGACGGGCGCACUGCUUUAUGAGACGGGUGUAGUGCUUUAUGAGACGGGUGCACUGAUUUAUGAGUCGGGUGCACUGCUUUAUGAGACGGGUGCAUUGCUUUAUGAGACGUGUGCACUGCUUUAUGAGACGGGUGCACUGCUUUAUGAGACGGGUGCACUGCUUUAUGAGACGGGUGCACUGCUAUAUGAGACGGGUGCACCGCUUUAUGAGACGGGUGCAGUGCUUUAUGAGACGGGUGCACCGCUUUAUGAGAUGGGUGCAGUGCUUUAUGAGACGGGUGCACUUCUUUAUGAGGCUGGUGUAGUGCUUUAUGAGACGGGUGCACUGCUUUAUGAGAUGGGUGCAGUGCUUUUUGAGACGGUGCUUUAUGAGACGGGUGCACUGCUUUAUGAGACGGGUGCACUGCUUUAUGAGACGAGUGGAGUGCUUUAUGAGACGGGUGCACUGCUUUAUGAGAUGGGUGCACUGCUUUAUGACACGGGUGCACUGCUUUAUGACACGGGUGCACUGCUUUAUGAGACGGGUGCACUGCUUUAUGAGACGGGUGCACUGCUUUAUGAGACGGGUGCAGUGCUUUAUGAGACGGGUGCACUGCUUUAUGACACGGGUGCACUGCUUUGUGACACGGGUGCACUGAUUUAUGAGACGGGUGCACUGCUUUAUGAGACGGGUGCAGUGCAUUAUGAGACGGGCGCACUGCUUUAUAAGACGGGUGCAUUGCUUUAUGAGACGUGUGCACUGCUUUAUGAGACGGGUGCACUGAUUUAUGAGACGGGUGCACUGCUUUAUGAGACGGGUGCACUGCUAUAUGAGAUGGGUGCACCGCUUUAUGAGACGGGUGCAGUGCUUUAUGAGACGGGUGCUCCGCUUUAUGAGACGGGUGCAGUGCUUUAUGAGACGGGUGCACCGCUUCAUGAGACGGGUGCAGUGCUUUAUGAGACGGGUGCAUUGCUUUAUGAGACGGGUGUCAAAACAUAUGCAUAA